UACGCAUUCUAUUGAAACUUCUCAACGGAACCAACGAUGGAUGCGGUUUGGUGUGUGCGUAAUGACGCACGCGAUUCCUCUCUUGGCGCGACGGGAUGCCGCUCGGUGGGAGAAGUGCGCGUGCGUUGCGUGUUGCGUGGAGGGAAGGCGAGAGAGAGCGAGGGGGCGUGGCUUGAAUGAAAAUGUCAGCCUUCGCCCUCCUCCGCGCUCGCGUCCCUCCCCGACUUGAAAAGUGCCGUCACAGAGGAAAGUUGCGCCACACUCGGAAGAAAAUCAACCGUGGACGAUGCACAGCUUUGCAAAGGUAAGAACAUCGGCAAACAGGCGCAUUAGCGCGAAUGUUCAUUCUUCUUUUGCCCCUCCCCCCUUUGCAGAUGGCCAAUUUAGCAGCUCCCACUCGUGGACUAUCCUCGGACCGCAACCCGUCGACCUGUGCCCCGCCCGUCGACUUAUAGUAGCUCCUCGUCUCAGAAGAAUGCAUGAGGAGGGAAUCAAGACGGUCUACAUCAUCAUCGAAGUGGUCAUCGCUCUCUUCUCCAUAACCGGCAACGUUCUGGUGUGCUGGGCCGUGGCCAUCGACACCACCCUGAAGAACGCCACCAACUAUUUUCUGGUGUCUUUGGCCGUGGCCGACAGUCUGGUGGGCUGCCUGGCCAUCCCCUUCGCCGUCACCAUCAGCGUCGGCAUCCGACUGGACUUCUACGGCUGCCUGUUCCUGGCCUGCUUCGUCCUGGUUCUGACCCAGAGCUCCAUCUUCAGUCUGCUCGCCAUCGCCAUCGACCGAUACCUGGCGAUCAAAAUCCCUCUCAGGUACAAAGAGCUGAUGACAGGAAAGACGGCCAGAGAGAUUAUCGCUAUUUUAUGGAUUCUGUCCUUCGUCAUCGGGCUGGUCCCUUUCUUCGGUUGGAAUAUCAAGCACUCGAGUUGCAGGAAUGCCACCUCCGCAGCGGACAACGCCACGGACCGCCAACUGGACUCGGGUCCGAAAGCCGGACACUUACUACUCCCGAGCUGCAAGCUCAGGUGCUUCUUUGAGAGCGUGGUGGACAUGGAGUACAUGGUCUACUUUAACUUCUUUGUGUGCGUGCUGCUGCCGCUCCUCAUCAUGCUGGGCAUCUACAUGAAGAUCUUCACGGUGGCCAGGAUGCAGCUGAGGCAGAUCGAGCUCAAGUGCGUGUCCAACGGGGACAACCACCAUCACGGCCUGCUGCAGCGGGAGAUCCGCGCCGCCAAGUCGCUGUCCAUCAUCGUGGGGCUCUUCGCCAUCUGCUGGCUGCCCGUCCACAUCCUCAAUUGCCUCACGCUCUUCUACAAGGGGCUGCACAGGCCCGAGGAGGUCAUGUACGUGGCCAUCGUUCUGUCCCACGCCAACUCGGCCGUCAACCCCGUCAUCUACGCCUACCGCAUCCAGGACUUCAGAAACACCUUCCGCAAGAUCUUGGAACGGCACGUGCUGUGCCGCAAAGAGGAGCUCUACGUCAGCUCCGACGGCAGCAGGCGCACCAGAGACCGGAUCCGCAUGACUGUAGACCCCCUGCUAUAGAAGACUUGCCACUCUUUCCACUGAACGAUGUUUACACGAGCAGGGUAUGAUGUCAAACGCGCCCCGAGGGGUCAAACUUAACGUUUACACCGUGAAGGAUUUGUCGUCGUUAUUGUUGCCGAUUAAUGUUAACGCUAACUGGAUUGUGGGACUGUGAACAGGACCCAAACUUUGAGACAUUCUUAAAACGCUAUUUAUCGUUCUGACUCAGCCCUGAUAGAACUGCAAAAGCCCUCCUUUUUUGUUUUUAUACUGCCAAGAGUCGGUGCAGGUGUUUAUUUAUGACGGCAAGCACCGUAUCUUUGUGAAUGUGAACAUCAAACGUCUUGGUGUGGAGUCCGGACCCGUACUACUCCGUACUACCCGUGGACCUCAAUAGGUGCAACAGAAGUACUUUUGUGGUUAUUUUUUAAUCAGCUCCUUCCACCUUCGCUAAAGUGUUUCCGUUUGUUGAACUAAACACCCUAAAACGCUGAGAAUGACGGUGUCGCUGUUCUGUCUUGAGCUGCUUUCUUUGGCCACGUGCAUCACUCUCCUACGAGCUCGAAAUAUGCACAUACCCUGCACCGUGACUCGUGGAACGAUUGCACUAUCGUUUCCGAUUCAUCACGUGGUGUACAAACUAGGGUUUCAAAGUGACACCGACAUUUCCAUCGGGAAGGUAGAAAUAUUCAGAAAUGAUUCCAAUUCUCAAUUCCUUUUUGGGCCGAUUUAUUAUACGGUCAAGUCCAAAUUGGUCCAUUUGAGGGCCCAAUUUUGAGUCAAAGUGAUUUUGUAUCUGCUUAAACUGGUAUAUACUGGCUGGAACAGGCAAGAUGAACGUACGAAGAGAUAUUUGCCACUUUAUACGAAAAGUCUGCCUAUUUCUGACUAUUGUGAGAGAAGACUUCCGCCCGACAGUCCUUAGGGUUAGGUUGCAAAUUAUGUCGACUUUGCAUGUUCUCCAGGCACUCCGUCGUUCUCCCACGUUCAAAAACAUGCAUGUUAGGUUCAUCGAAUAGUGUCUUUUAGCGCGCUAUACAUUUAAGGCUAUAUGGCAAUUCCCGUAUUGAAUCUUCAAUCGGGACAGUUUCAAAUAUAAAUAGCAAUUGUUUUGAAUGGUUGUAUCGUUCUCUUAACACAAUGUCUUCGAGUGUUCUGCCACUUGUGUGACUUGCAGCUAAAAGAUACCCAUUCAACAAAUCUAAAUGUACUUAGAAACAUAUCUGCAGUUACCUCAGUAAUGUCAUCAAAAUCGGUUUAACUGGAUUUAGCCGGAGCGUUCAAAUGCAGAAUUCCUGCUGGAGUGUACGAGGUUUUAGAAGCUUAAAAACACGAAUUUUCAUCAAAUAAAUGUGGUGAACGAGGCUAUGAGAUUCCCCGUUCGAGACUUUUUUCCCCAAAUCCCACGAAGUUCUGCUAAUUCCCAUGAACACUAAUCCAAUAAAUGAGAAAUGAAGAAGUAAGUGAAAGCAAAGCAGGGAACACGGAGGAGUCUAGUGAACGGCACCAAACGGUGCAGCUGCGGUGCUCUUUUCGACGGAGUCCAUUUUUAACGUGAGCCCCUUUUUGCCGGGUGUGGUCGGCAGCCCGCCACGCGCACAAUUGUGCUUCAACUGUAAACGAAGUUGUCGAAGAUGAGGAACGACGUCUGAACCCCAGUGCUGGCGAAACUCCAAAGCCCAAACAAAGCAGAAGACGUUGGACAUUGCGCUUGCUCAUUUUAGGUCAUUUCCUUCACCUGACUCAUCUUAAGGGCUAAAAAUACAGGAGUGUGUCAACAUUCCAAUGGAGACAUCCAUACUGGAACUGCACUGUCAUUUUGUGUUGUCUUAGUUGACCGACGUGUAGAAAAUGGAGCAACAACACAAAUAUAUACACACCCCCGAAUAUGUACUGUGGGUGUCACACUUUUUACAAGCUAUUUAUGUCUGGUGACUGUAAUUGUUUUUGUUUUUUUGUGACAUUAGCGGAUGCAAAUCGACUCCGCUUCCCUUCAGCAUCUGUCGCUUUUGUGUCAUGAUUCUACUUUUCAGUCUCCACAAACGGGUGCGAUGUGUGUGUACGUACGGUCAAAGAUUUAGUGAAUAAAAGCCAUGUUUAC